UAUGAAAAGGAUCUUUUGUUAUAUCUUAAUCAUACUACAGUUUCCUAAUCUUUCACACCUGUGCAAUCUAUGGUAUCUUUAUCUAUCUCGCAUGAACCUCGGCCCGUCAUCCAUUCAUUCCAAGCUCUCAGCCUUCCCCAACUCCAAACCCACACCUUGUACAAUACAACCUCACAACCCAACAAACAAAUCACUACCAUCUCCCUCCCUUCUCCAAAUCCACCACUAUGUCCGCCCCCCUCGAACCCAUAAAAACAAACUCCAUGCCCCUCCCACCCACCUCCCCAACCCGCCCCAAACACCUAACCACCCGCUCCAUAACAGAGAUCAACGCACCUCCUUCCCUGCCGCGGAUACCUCAUUCAUCAGGUCACGGACAUAACAAACAUCAUCAUCCGCAUAUACAUACGCAUCGACAUAGAGAGGAGAAAAGGGAAAGGGAGCGGGAGCGGAGUGGCGAGGGAGAUGGCGUUGGGGGGUUUGGACUUGGAAUUGGUGGGAGUAGGAGUGAAGGACAUACGCCGAGUGAGAGCCGGGUUGCGAGUAGGAGGGAAAGUCUAUGGGAUGGGGAUGGGGCGGCUGGAGGAAGUGGGAUAGGAGGGGGCGGUGGGAUUGGGAGGAGAGAGAGAGUUGUUAGGGAAGGGGAAGUGAAGGAGGAGAGGGAGAGGGGGGUUCUGAGAGCUACAGAACUCCGAAACGCCCUCAACACCCUCAACACCCACUCCAACACCACCACCCGCCGCCUCGACACAACCUACUACUCGGUCCUCGAAAAGCUCUCCACCCUCCAAAACACCAUCACCUCCCUCAAAGAACUCGCGCACCUCACCCGCGGCCUCACCGAGCAAUUCUCCUCGGAAUCCCAAGACGUAGUCGACGACGUGACCGGCCAGCUCGACGGCUUCGACGGCUUCACAGACCAGGAAGACAGGAUCAAAGCCCUGCAGGACCGAGUCGCGAGUGGGAGGUCCAGGAUCAAGGAGUUGGGUGCGAGGGUCGAGGUUGUGAGGGAGAGGGUUGAGGGGUGGGAGGUUGCGGAGGGGGAGUGGCAGGAGAAGACGAGGAGGAGGUUGAGGGUCCUGUGGGUGGGGAUGAGUGUUGUGGUGGGGAUUGUGGUGGUUGUUAUGGCGGUGCAGUAUACGCCUGCUAGGGAGAUGAGGGGGAUGGGGAAUGUGGGUUUGGAGGAUGGGAAGGGGGAGGGUGUGAAGGGGUUGAAUGCUACGGGUUUGUUGGGUGUUAUUCCUGAUAUGGAGGGGGUGAGGGAGGGGAGUGAGGAUUGGAGUUUGGCGAGGAAGGGGAUGGGGGAGAGGAUUUGGGAGAAGUUGAGGGAGGGGGAGGGGGAAAGAUUGGGAGAGGAGGAUCCUAGGUUGAGGGUUUUUGAUGAGUUGUAAGGGGUUUUGUAGGAUAUGAAUAUGUUGCCUUGGGAAUUGUCUAUUUCCAUAGAGGAAUAGAACUUGCUAAAGGGUGAUGUGGAUGUGGCUGUACUUAGAAAUACCGUAUCAAGACUUGGGACAUAUGAACCGCAGUAGAAUACAGUACGGAGGUAGACUACUUCCAAACCUACCGAAGUAUCCCCAUUCUCAUUGUCAUUCCCAUUCUACUAAGUUUCGCUUCCAUUGCCCCAAAUAUCCUCCCAUCCAUGCCAUGCCAUGCCUCGCCAUGCCAUGCCUCGCCCAGCAAGGCUGAACCAAGUGGAUCUCUUCCACUCCAGUGACUCCACUAAAUACCUACCAUAGGAACAAAAACACCCGGGACUCGGCACCCUCACAGGACAUCCUUCCCUGGCUGCUGCUACUUAGUAGGUAUGCAGAGCAGACCAGCAACGUGGACUUUUCGCCUUCCAUUAAAAAUAUUGAUUAACUCAGCUGGCCUCUCCCUGUAGACCUUGUAAGUAGUAAGUAGGAGUAGGAGUUAAGAGACUGGGCAUUGGCUUGGGCUGGGAAAAGAUGCGGAAGGCGUGGGUGUCUUGGGUGUAGACUCUUAGUCGUAGUGCGUGAUGACUUGGCAGGCCGCUUUGCCGUGGUGCCGUGUAGAUGCCGGAUUUGCGAGGGAGGUCUGGAUGGAUGGAUGGGUCUUGGGUUUUGUCUUGUGUGUUGACUUGUGGUUUCUGGGGUAUGAAGAGUGUGGCUGGGUUUCGGUGUGGUUAAGGUAUUGUAGAUGAAUGGCUGUGUCUUGGAUCUAUUAACUGGGGAAGUAUUGAGCAUGAGGUGACAAUUCGUGGAUGGCUCAAUGUUUGCCCCCUCCGGACGAGUUACUACACAUGAAUGUUUUACAGGAUCUCAAUUUUAUUCGUUGUUAAUUGUACUGGCAGAGACCGAAACGGAGACGGACAUAAGGUUCCUGGUAAAGUAGAUCUGCUGAGCUUAGAUCAGGGAGAUCAGGUUCAUAGAUAGUGGAGAUAGAUCAGCUGCGGUUGGUUACUGUCGCGUAUGUCUCAAAAGUUCGCAACUCGCUUGAGAGAGUCUCGCAUGACUGGUGUGGCUCAACGAUUA